CAGAACAUAUAACUACAUAGUUAGUUCGUCACAUAGUGUAUAAAUCCAUAGUGCUCAAAUGUAAUUCACUAGUUGAAUUCGGUGUCUUAGAAAAAUAGUCUAAGAAUUACUGUCGGGAUUCCGUUGGAAUACAAUUCAUUUUUAAAAUGUCAAGUGUUCCUUUUGUAAAUAUGUAUGAUUAUGAUAAACAUGGAUGUCUAGACGAAAUGUUUACAAAUCAAGUAAAUAAAACACCAAAUGCAGUAGCUGUUGUUAAUAUAGACGGCUCGAUGGUUAGUUAUAUUUUCAUAUUAUUAUAAAUUUCAAAUUAUUUUACGUAAUUAUUUAAAUUUUAGGUCACGUUUAAACAAUUAGAUGAAAUGACAGAUGUAUUAGCUACGAAGUUACAAAGUGUAGGUGUAGGCAAAAACUCAAUGGUCGGUAUUAUAAUGGAACGUUGUUUGGAAUAUACUAUAAGUUACAUUGCUAUCCAUAAAGCUGGUAGGUACAAUAUUAAUGAUAAUAAUAUAUUUAUUAGAUCUUGAGCUCAACAAAAAAUGUAUAUUGGUUUUAAUAUCAGGUAUAUAAUGAACUAUAUAUAGAGUGUAUAGAGUUCAGUGCAUAUAAGUGACUUUUUUUCUGUCUAUAAAUAACUUUUUACCAGAAAUCUUGCUCAAAUUUUCAAGCGUAGUAUCUUUUUUGAAAGUCAAUUUCGUCUAUAGUUGUACACUUGGAGGUGGUUUUUUGAUUUUUAGUUUUCUCAAUGGCUGGGAAAUACGUUGUAAAGACGGUAAUAUUUACGGAAAUGACCAUUUCAGAUUUGGUAUUUUUGUUGUAAUUCGGUAAAAAAUAAUCGUAGGAAUUAAUAUGAUCACAGAAUACUUGGGCAUACUGGCAUUUUCUAGACGUCGUAAAAUGUUUUUCUGGUGAUUUUUUUAACUAUUUAUAGACAUUCAGUGACGUGGCACGGAGUCGUCAGAGGUGUAAGCAAUCAUUAAAAAUUAUACCUACCUGUACCAUAUUGUUUACUACCCCUAGAAAACUAACAUAUUAUUUAACAAUAUUUUUAUUUUUAAUAAAAUAACACUUUUUUUAACAGUUAUGUGUUAGAUAAUUUUAAAUUACAAACAAAAUAAUAUUUUUUAAUCCUAAAUUCUAAUAUAAUUUACAAGUUUACUCAUAAGACAACUCGAUUAUCUACCUAUGAUUUACCUAUAAUUCACAACUUAUAAUUAGGUACUAAAUAUAUAGAUUAUCGUUCGACGACAGUUUCAGUGUCGUUCCAACACUAUUAGUAAAAUAAGUAUAAUUAUGAUGUCGAUUAAAAUUUAAAACUAUUAUGAUUGAUCGUGUACCACAUUCGAUAAUCGCUUAUAUAGCAGUACCACUAUUCCUUAUAGUAAUUCUAAUGCAAUUACUUUUAGGUAUACUAUAAAGUACAAACUGUAAUAGUCCCAUACGCAAAACAGGAAAGGGAAUUGGAAUUGCUUCAUCUGUUGUAAUAUUAUUUCUCAUAUUUAAAGAAUAUGCACGGAAUAUUUUCGACACGGAUUAAGAUACAAAAUGCAACCGAUCGCCGAAACGCAGGAAACAAACGAUAACGGUGUUAUUUUAAGAUUACCUAAUUACAAAUAACAAUAAUAUAUAAAAAUAAUACGAUCAACAAAAUUUAAUAACAAUGAAGAAUAGUAUAAUAAUUUUAAUUUAAUUUUAACAUUAUUUGGUUGAAUAUUAAUUUGUUAAUUUAAAAAUAUACCCAUAACGUUUUACAACUGAAAGUGCAACGCUUCACUGCUCAUAUGUACGUCACGCCACUGUAGACAUUAGUAAUUUUUUAAUUUUUAAAAUUGUUUGGGUAUUUUAGCCGAUCAGUAACAGUUUUAUGUUUUAUACGAAAUUAAUCAUAAGUUGUUCUUAUUAACGGUAAAACAAAUGUUUAACGUCAUAUAGUAAUUUGUUUUAUGGUACCUACGUGUUUAAAAUUUUAAUUUUAAAAUCACGGGUUUCAUAUUUAACCGAACUUAGCUCAGAAACAUAUUUCAUUAGCAAUGGUUGAUCAUUGCAUAAAUAUAUGCAUUAAAUAACUUUAUUUAUCCUACCUUCUCAUUUUUUAUUUUAAUACUUAUUAUUUAUUAAAUAUUACAGACAAAUAUCCAAUUAAUAGUGAAAUAUUUAACACGUUAAAUAAUAAUAUUUAUAAUAUGUUCACAAAAAUAAAUUGUGAUAUUGUAUGACAAUUUUUUCUCUAUAGUUUUAGGUAAAUUAUACUUUAUAUGUUAUCCCAAAAUAUAUUUGUACUAUAGGAGGCGCAUGUUUAAUCUUAGAAGUUUCAUAUCCAUUACCACUGCUUAGUUCCGUGUUAGAAGAUUCAAAUCCUGUAGCAAUUCUCACUAAAGAAAUAUUUGGACGUCGAAUUACAGGACAACAACUAAUUUUUUUGGAUAAUGGCUGGUAUAGUAAUUUAAAACUAUCAACGGAUAAAUUGUUUUCUAAAGAAAAACAAGAACUUGAUGACUUGGCUUUGGUGGUGUAUUCAUCUGGCACCACAGGAAAACCAAAAGGUAUUUUUCUAAAAAAUUUAAAAUGUAAACAUUGGUAGAGAUUAAUGUAUUCAACAUUUAAUAGUUCUGUUAUAAGUUUUGUUACUGUAAUAUAAUUAGAACACCUAAAUGUUCCAACCAACCUAGGUAUUUUAUGUCCUCAUCGUGGAGCUGUAUAUUCAUUUACAUGGAGACAUAAGGCUUUUCCUUACGAAAAUGACGAUAGAGAAGCUUGUAAUGUAUUUUUUAUUUGGGAAAUGAUUCGACCAUUACUUAAAGGUGAUUACAUUUUGAUAUUAAUGCAUAUUUAAUACAUAAAUAUAUAAGUACACUAUAUUAUGGCUCUUUUCACAUUACACGGUCACGGCAAAAUGCCAGCGCCGUGCCGUGUAACAACCGUCUGGCGUCUAUUGCAACUGCGGUGUACAGUAGCCGAGUGGCACGAUAAGUUUAGUGGCGUACAAGACUAAAUGCUAUAGGUUGGUAGGUUAAGUGUUGAAAAGGCUACACGCAGUAUAGCCUAUAGGUAUUAUACAGUUAUCUCGACAAAUUUUUCUGAUGUAACUGACCUAUUUAACUAAAAACUGUUAUUAAAAUCUUAUGGAUUUAUCUAAUAAUUUAUUUUUACAUUGUAUUAUUUUUAUUGUUUAAAUAUAAAAAUUAUAUUAUCUUUCACAUUUUUUGUUAUUAGUUUUUUAAUUAUGAGCAUUUCAAACUUAGAAUUAUGUUGUAUAUUUACUACACUAAAUUGAGCUCAGUUCAGAGUUAUUUGUUUCAAUUUUUAUAAUACCUAUUUCUAAUAUUAAUGUAACUUUUGCAAUUUUAAUGUAAAUUACCUGCACGAGAUGAAUACCUAUCUCUAUGACUUUAUUGCAACCUAACCUGCACGAUAAAAACUGUUUAGAUUUCUACAAUUUUAAAAUUCCACAUUAAACAAAUAAUUAUUCUAAUUAAUAAAUUAAACAUUUUUAUGAACAGUACUCAUUGAUAUUAUAUUUAUUUGUAAUAUAUCAAUAUAUUUAUAGGACUUCCAAUGUAUAUAAUACCUGACGAUACUAUUUAUGAUCCACCAAGAUUGUUAGAAUUUCUUCAAAAAAAUGUAAUAACACGAAUGUUAUUUACACCAUCUCUUUUACAAGCAGUCUUCGAUUACAAAGGUAUAAAUGUAGCUGAAGGGUUUAAAACACUCAGGUAAAUAUUGAAUAAAUUUGAUAUUUACUAUUUUUAUUUUAAUACAUUUUUUUGUUAAUAAAAUUAUUAGGCAAAUUUGGAUAUGUGGAGAAGUACUGAUAUCAUCUUUAAGAGAUAGAAUAGAAAGAAUUGCUCCAUGGGUUAAAAUUUUUAAUUUUUAUAGUGUAUCUGAAUGCCAUGACGUAACUUGUGCUGGUAAAUAUUAAAUUAUUACAUAUAUAUUUAUGCAUAUCAUUUAGAAAUUUAUAAAUAUUUAUAUAUAACAUAAACAUCUUGUUAUAUAUAUUCAACUAGUUUAGAUGUUUUAAAACAUACCUAUGAUUUUUCAAAAAAUAUAUUAACAUUUGUUUAGAUGUUACUAAAGUAUGCGAUUUGAAACAAAGUAAAUUUGCUCCAGUUGGUGCACCUUUACCUGGUGUACAUUUAUUGAUAAUGGAUAAUGAAUACAAAAUAAAAAACAUAGGAAAACCAGGCGAGGUGAAAUUCUACUCUAUUAAUUUAAAUUAUGAAUUAUGAUAGAUAUCAAAAUGUAAAUCAUGGUUUAUAUAAUAUUAUGUAUAUAGAUUUAUGUUGGAGGCCCGACACUUGCAAUUGGAUAUUUAAACCGCCCUGAAUUAAAUACUUUACGGUUCAUUAAACGACCAAGCACAGUACCAAUAGAAUUUGGUGAUCGAUUGUAUAAAACUGGAGAUUGGGGUUAUUUAAGAACUGACGGUAGUUUAGAGAUUUGUGGACGGUGUGAUACAAUGGUCAAAAUUAGAGGUUAUACAGUCGAAUUACAGGUAUUUAUAUUAUACAAUUAGUGUAGGUAUAUAAUUUUCACCGUGUAUUAGCCUUAUAUUAUUAUAGAAUAAAAAUAUUAAUUACUUGUGUAUAAUAUAUAUUAUACAUGUUAUUUUUAGGCAAUUGAAGCUACCAUUUUAAGUGAAUCUGAAGUAAAUUCAGUUUGUGUAUUGUCUAUUGGAGAAGAAGGCACUGACAAGUUUUUAAUAGGUUAUGUUGUAUUAGAAGAUCAAGCAAAGCUAUCAGUAUCAUCAUUAAAACAAAGGCUAAAGCUUAAACUACCACAUUAUAUGGUUCCACCUUUUUUUUACUUUCUUGAUAGGUUAUUAUAUUUUUUCUAAAAGUAAUAAUAAUAGAUAUAAGUUAAGUUUGUAUAUUUUUCUCUAAUAUAAAAAAAAUAGUGAUUUAUAAAAAAUUAGUUUCUUAAAUACCUACCUAGUUUUAAGACAACAUUCUUUUAUUAGAUAAUUAGGUAGAGGAGUUGGAUAAAAAUUAAUCAAAAAUAAAUCUCUCGUGGGCCCUAAAUACCCCCAAGGGAUGGUAUCGCCCACGUUAAGAACUACUGUGCUAAACUAAGUAAGUAGGAUUUAAUUUUUUAUACACUUUAAUAUAGUAGGUACAAGAUAUGUUAUAUGCACAAUAAGAGAUAAGUACUUCUACUAGUUAUAUCUUUAAUAGUGAAUAAAUGUCAAUAUGUAACAGGGCAAUACCUAUUACCGAAUUCUUAUAAUUUUUGGACAACUAUUUAUCACUCAAAGUUCUUUAGAGUAGAGAAUACUAGAGAUCAUAGAUUACAGAAAACACAGUCUUCUUCGAUCUGAUCAUUCCAGAAUUAUUAAAAAUAAUAAUUGUAAUAAGUUAUAUAAAAAAUUUAUAUAGGUAUUUUAUUUCAAAAAGUAUUCAAUUAUUAUUACUUUGAAUUAAAAUAGAAUUGAUACUGUAAAAUGAGGAUACUUUGCACCAAAUUUCUUGUUUUUUUCAACUUAUAAUAUACAAUAUAACUUUAAUAAUUAAGAUAGAAUAUUAUAAUUUCUACAGUCUUUUAGGUAUAAACAAAGAAAUAUAAUGCUGAAAUUUAAAUUUGAUUAAAAUAAAAAAAUUUAAUUUAAUUUUUUUUUUAAAUUUUGGUACAAAGUAAUGUCUGUUUGGGUGACUGCACCGAUUACAAAUUUAACUUGAAAUAUCAUAGUAAUCUUGGUGUAAAAAAAAAUGUAUCAAUAUUCACCUCAGGACAUACAAAUGUUAUAUGCGUAAUUUAAAAAAAUAAACAAAAUUAAAGUACUGUGAAUACUUUUUUUUUUUUAAUAUGAUACUUAUUUCAAUCUUGUAAGUGACUAUGUGUAUGAGCAAACAAAACAAAAUUAACUAAGGAAACUUAUCUACUAGUUUUAAUUCCAGUUAAAUUAUAUUACAAAACUUUUUUCUUGUUUCAAUCUUAAAAGUGAAUAUGCACCUACCUAUGUUAGCAAACAAAACAAAAUUAAAGAAGGAAAACUUAACGACUAUGUAAUAUUUAAAUACAAUUCCAAUGAAUAACAAAACUUUUUUUCAGUCUUCAAAUUAACUUAGUAGUUUUCAUAUUAAAUUAUUGAUAUAUUAAAUACUAUAAACUUGAUCUUAUAACAAUUUACAAAUAAUAAUUUGAUAACAAUAAAACAAAUUUUUUAUCAUUCUGUAUACACUUCAAGUUCGUUAACUUACAAAUAACUUCUGAUAAGUUUUAGUGGCUUUAUUUUCAUCAUGAUAUCAAAACAUCUAUAUUUUUAGACUUUUCCAUGGACUAAAUAAAUGCACCGUUUUCCGUUAUAUUUAUUAUAUGACCAAGAUACAAGGUUUUAUCAUAUUUAAUGACAAAUAAUAAAAUCAUUAAUAGAAUAUUGCCAUUUUAACUUACUGGGUAGAAAAUAUCUUGAUCAUCUUCCACGACUACAUUUUGCCCCACAUCUUCAUUUUCAAUUAGUUUAUCAAUAUCUGAACUGUCUUCUUCUUCAUGUGCAUAGCUCAAACCAGGUGCAAGUUUUAUCUUUUUUAUUUGCUUUUUAGUUUGAGUAGUUUCAGACCUUUUAAUACUUAGGUGCUCAAUAGUCUUCAACAUUGAAAAAUAGUUGGACAGCUUCAUUGUUUAUCAUGUUGUUUUUUUUACUUGUAAUUAAUUGUAUGCCAUAGUAUUUUCUAUGGUGUUUUCGCCUCUCUUUGUGUAAUUUUUUUAUUCACAAUAUCAUUUAUAUAUUUAUUUAAAGUUUCAUCUGUAUAAUUUCUACAAUUCCUAGAGCCUAAGGUCAUUUUAUGUAUGUUUAGCAUGUUGAAAAAUUAUAAAAACAUCAAUUACAUUCAGAUAUACCAAAAAAAAAAAACAAAUUUGCACCAUUAUACUUUUGGUGCAGUUAUUCAAAAAUAACGCAUUUUGUGUUUUUUUACAAAUUAAAUACUAGCAUAGUAAUCAAGAAAAAACCGUGAUGAAAUUCAGUGUAUUCAUUUUCCUCUCGACAUUUAUAAUAUAUAAAAUAACUAACCUGUUAAAAUAUUUUUUUAUUGUUGGAACUUGGCCAAUUAUUUUCAUAAAUAUUGUUUGUGGUUAGUUGCAACGAUUCUUCUCAAAGUUAUAUAUUGUGUAGCUAAAUAUUGAUAGUGAUGAUAAAAAUGGUUCUAAAUAUUGGUUAAGAAGUUAGGGACAAGGUUUUUUUUUUAAAUCGUUUCAUACUUUUAUUAGUUUCAGAGUUAUACGAAAUGAUAACAAACAAUUAUUUUGGUGCCAUGUAUCCUCGAUUUAUAGAACUGCUGAUGGGUGUUACUGCUUUUAUAAUGGGGAUUUAGAAGGUAGAAUAAAUAAAGUAAUUUAUUUCAAAUUUGUUCACAAUAACGAUUAAUGAUUAACUACAAAUGAUUCUGGGUAUAGUCAAGUUCAAUAUUUUUGAAAAAAUCGAAUAGUAUUUUUGACCAACAAAGGAAAUGUAUUAUUAUACCUAGAUCAAUUAUUAAUAGUAUUCGAAAUAUUGUGAUUUUGAUUAAAAUUUGAGUUUUAAAAGCCUAUUAAAAAAAUUACAACUAUCAAAAAAUUGAUAAUCGAUUUUAUUUGUAAAAAAACGUAUUAAAAUCUGUUAGAAAAAUAUCCCCGAUCAGCUAAAUACCUUGAACAAGCACCUAUUAAAUACAUUAUUAAAACGUAUUUAAAUAGUUAAUUGGUUUUAAAAUUAUCAUUUUAAUUCACUUACUACAGAUUGCCAGUAGUUCAAGCAACAGGUAAAUUGGAUAAAUCUGCUUUACCAAAAGUUACUUUGGACAAAACAAAUGGUAUUUUAAUGGAUAAUUUGAAAACUCAAACAGAAAAAACUGUAAUGAAAAUAUUUUGUAGAGCUCUAAAAACAUACAGAUUUGAUGUUCAAGAUAAUUUUUUUGAAAAUGGAGGGUAAGUAGACAAUUAUCUGAUAAUAUUUAUCAUUUAUAUAAAUUGUAGUAUUUAUAAAUAAAUAGUUUUUAAAUUAACAAUUGCUUAAGAUUCUUUGCUAAGCAUAUUUAUUAAAUAUGCCUUUCAAUUUUGACAAUGUUGAAACUGGGUUUACUAAUAUUUUUAAACUAGUUUUACCUAUAAAUUCACCCAGGCCUGUGUUCAUAAAUUUUUGAUAUUUAUUGAUUCAAUCACCAUUCACAUAACUUGAAUUUUUUUUUAUUAUUAAUAGGUACACAUCAGUAGUUAGGUAUUCAUUUUUACAUUUUAUAAACAAUUUAAGUAUUUGUACAGUUGCUGUACAAAUAAUAAUGUACAACAAUUGUAUACCUUUCAUUAUUUUUUUAAUAUACCUACAAAUUAUUAGAUUUUUUAAGAUAUAAUCAAAUAUUUUUUUAAUUUUUCAAUUAAAUUAAUAUAAUUUAACAAUGUGGUUUGGAAAAUAUAAAUCUAUAAAUGUAAAAUUAUAUUGAAUUAUAUUUUACAUGUUCAGAGAAUUUAAUUUUAGUAUGUCAUAUUUGUAUUUAUAGGUAUUAUAAAAUAUAGGUGUCCCAUGAAGAUUCGCCAAAUUCAAUAACUUUUCUGUUCAAUAUUUUUAAUUGUUUUAUUAAUAAUUUAUAAAGCUUAUUUUCUAUAGAUAUUUUUUCAAAAUAAAAAAUAGUUUAUGCAAAACUAAGAUAUCCAUUUAACAAAUAUAUUUUGAAUUAGAAUUUUAGUGUUAAAAAUAUUUAAUACUAAUGAUACCUAAAUCAUUAAGUUUCUACAAACCAAUUUGUCCAUGAAAUUUUUUAAAUUAUUUUUGUAAACUUCAAAAAAAUUGUAGAAUCUUAAAUCAUUAGUAAAUAUUUGUAAUACCAAAAUUUUAAUUCAAAAUAUAUUUAUAAAAUGGCUAUGUUGGAUAUUGUGAAAAAAUAAAAAAGGGAAUUCAAAUUUUUUUAUUUUGGGGAAAUCAUCAAAGAUUUAAUGCCAGAUAAACAUGUUCUGCUAUUGAUUAUUUUUCAUUUUAGACAUUCAUUAUUAGCAGCCAGUGUAAUUAGUGAAAUAAAUGAAACGUUUGGAGUACAACUGCGUGUACACGAUUUGUUUUUAAAUCCUAAUGUCGAAGAAAUGGCCAAACUUUUAGAUCAAAACAAAACUACAUCAAAUGAUAUAAAUUUAAUGGAAGAACUGAAUAAACUUAUUGAUAAUUCUGUUAUGUAAUAGCAAUGCAUAUUUAAAAUAAUUACAUUUAUAAUAAAACACAUAAAACAUUUUUAGCUUAGACAAUACACUUCGAUCCUUUUGGAGAGCUGUAUAUUUAAAUAAAAACAAAUUCACUAAUGGUAAUAUAUUACUUACUGGAGCAACUGGAUUUGUUGGUGCAUUUAUUUUGCAUAAAUUAUUAAAAACACAAGUAUAACAUAUUACAUUAUUCAUGGUUUUUAUAUUUAGUUUGAUGUAUAAUUUUUUUUUUAGGUAAACAUUUUCUGUUUGGUGAGAGAUUCAGCAGAAUGUGAACCAUUUGAAAAACUUGAACAGACAAUGAAGAAAUAUAAUUUAAAUAAUAGUUCUACCAGCUUAUUUUAUUCUAAAGUAGUUGUUUUAAAAGGUACAUAAACAUGAUAUCUAAAUUAUUUUAAUGUAUGUACUUUUUUCAAACAUGUUGAGUUAUUGGUAAAAAUUAAAUUUUUGAGACAGGAAUUAUGUAGCUAUUUACUAUUAUUCUGAAUUCAUAUUUAUAAUACUUAAUAUUUAAAUUAAACAUUAAUUCAUAUUAUUAACAAUAGUAGAUUCUAAAAUAUGAAAAGUAUGGAAAAUCUAAAAACUGAUUUUGAUAUAUAAUUGUUAUUUAUAUUAUGGUUUUUAAUGUUUUUUUUUUUUUUUAAUAUUUAUAAAUGAAUUUUACAUUUAGGCGAUGUAUCUUUACUGCAUUUUGGUAUGACAGAUGAUGAUUAUGAAGCAAUAUGUAACGAAAUUGAUUAUGUUAUUCAUGGAGCAGCUCAGGUUAAUUUAUCAUAUCCAUUUGGAGCCCUUUACAAAAAUAAUGUCAUUGGCACUAAAAAUGUUAUAAGAUUUUGUAUAGAUGGUAAAAUUAAACCACUACAUUAUAUUAGGUGAGUUGGUAAUAAAACUUAAAGUUUAUAAAGUUGAUAAUAGAGAAUAUUAAAAUGUCUGAAUUGUAUAGAUACUCAAAAUAUUUUUAUGUAAAUAUUAACAGUUUUGAUGUUUAAAAAAUACCAUUUAAUUUAAUUGAAUUAUACUAAUAGUAGAAAAGUACAAAUUUUAAUUUAAUGGAUUAACAAUAAAUAAUUUUUCUGAAACAUUUUCAGCUCAUCGUCAGUUUUUCCUCGAGAAUUUAAAAAUAUUCAAGAAACUGACGAUCCAAAAAAUUGGGCGCCAUUAUUAAAAGAAGGUUAUGGACAAACAAAGUGGUUAUCUGAACAGUUAAUAUUAAAUGCUAUCAAUAAAGGAUUACCAGCAUCAAUAUUCAGAUGUGGCAACAUCAGUGGAAGUAGAUUUGAACCUAGCUGGAACUCUACAGAUCUAACUUUAUUUAUAAUACAAGGUGUAUUAUAUACAAAUGCAUAUCCUGACAUAGAUUGGGAGGUAUUUAUUACAAAAUAAAUAAUUUAAGUAAAGAACAAUUAAUAUAUGUAUAUACGAUUGUUAUAGCUUGAAUUAACACCUGUGGAUUUUAUUGCACAUACUAUUGUAGAACUUGCUCAAAAUCUGAAUGAAUCAUCUGGGAAGAUCUACCAUUUAAUAAAUGAUAAAUUUAAUUCAAAGUAUGUCUGAAAAAUAAUAAUGAAUUAUUAAGUGAUUUUAUUUGUAUUGUAAUUUAAUAAAAUAUAAAAAAUAUGAUUAUUUAUCUAGAAAUUUAUGGGAAGUAAUGAAAGAUGUUGGAUACCAUUUAGAAUGUUUGCCAUAUGAAAAAUGGUCAGAAAUAAUUAAAAAAAAUUCAAGUAUUAAACCUGAGUUAAUUUCAAUUAAUUAUUUAUUGAAUUUUACAAUGAAAGAUAAAGAUUAUUUAGAAAACCAGCCAACAGUGAAAAAAACAAACAUUGAAAGAUAUUUAGCUUCUGCUAAUUUAAAGUACCCAAGCUUAGAUAAAAAUGAAUGUCAUAGAAUAUUAAAAACAUUAACUGGUUUGAAUUUAAUACCCCAAAUAAAAGGUAAUUUUGUAUUUAUUCCUAUGUUCUUAAAUUAUUUUCCAUUUUUUUUUUAAAAUUAAUUUUACUCUAAUUAAAUUAUGUUUUUAAUAUUUAGUUUAUUUUAUAUUUAUUUAGAUUCAAUAAAAUCACCACUAGAAAUACCAUUGGUCUUAAAAUCAAAAGUUGUAUUGAUUACGGGUGCUUCUUCAGGAAUUGGGUACCAUAUAACUAAAACUUUAGCAUUGGCUGGAGCUAUCGUAAUUCCAACUGCAAGAAGAAUUAAUCGUCUACUCAAAUUAAAAGAGGAGAUUAUUUCAUUAGGUGUUUCUAAUGAAAAUAUGGUGGUGCCAUACAAAAUGGAUGUUACCAAUCUAACAAAUGUAUAUUUAAUUUCUUAUUGGGUUUAUAUGUUGUUAGUUUACUAAUUUACUCAUAAGCGCAAUUAGGGGGGGGAUUAGCCCUUUCAAAAUAAAUAAUAAUUUAUAUGUUCUUGAAUUGAAUAAAAAAUAAUUACAAAGUCAGUACAACAAGUAAGUUAGUACAAGUGUACUAAUCUAAGUACAAGUUGCCAUUAAAUUGCUAAUAUCUUCUGCAACAUCAGAACGUGCAUUUUCUGCCAUGUGGUGGAUUAAUACAUACUUAAGGUCAAUAAUCGACCAAUAUUGUUUCAGUUAUUUAUCCAUACUAUGUAUUGAAAAAGAUAUAGAAAUUGAUUCUGAUCAAAUUUCACAACAAUUUAUAACUAUAGUCAAAGAAAAAUGAAACUUGAAUAAUUUGUUAAUAACUAUUGUAUAAUGUAUAAAAAUCAUUAAAAGUUAAAUAAUUUUGUUAAUUUUUUAGUGCAUAUAUUUUAAGAUGUAUAGGAAGGAUGGAGCGAAGCCCCCCGUAUUUUACUAAUGGUAUAAUAUAAAACCUCCCCUAGGAUUUUGUGCUAGUUGCGCCACUGAAUUUACUACAGUAACUAACAGCCAAAAAUAAGAUUUUUUUUUCCUAUAUCAUUAAUGUAACAUCAAAAAAAAAAUUGAACUUUAAGCUGGUAUUGUCAAAUAGAAAUAGAUUCUAAAAUAUUUUACAUAAUACAUAGCUUAAUCAUUUAUUAAACAUACUUAAUUUAAUGUUUUUUUUUUUCAAAUAAUAUAACCUAUCUGCUCUCAGAAUCUAAAAUCUCCAUAGAAAAAUAAAAUUAUAUAUAAAUAUAGAUUUUUUAUUUAUUUUAAAAAUGAUUAUUAGGUAACUUAUAUCUGUAUAUUUUAUUUAGGUUAAAACAGUUGUUCAAAAUAUUGAACAAACUAUUGGUCUAAUUGAUAUAAUGGUCAUUAAUGCAGGAGUUAUGUUUUAUACAACAUUUGAUAAAUGUAAAAUAGAUGAAUGGGAUGAAAUGGUGCAAGUGAAUUGCAAUGGUAUGUUAAAUUGUCUUAGUGCUGUUUUGCCUAGUAUGACAUCAAGAAAUUUUGGGCACAUUGUUAACAUAACAUCUAAUGCUGGUCGAAGAGUAUGUUGUGUAGCUAAAUAAUUGUGAAAAUAAUAAAUCUAAUUCAAUUUUAUAGUCAUUUCCAGGUUUAGGUGUUUAUUCAGGAACAAAGUUUUUCAUGGAAGGAGUAGCUAGUGCACUGAGAACUGAAAUGACUGAACAUAAUAUAAAAGUAACUUGUAUACAACCAGGAGAUGUUAAAACUGAGUUAUUAAAUAGAAAUAAUGAUUUAGAGGUAAAAAUAACGUUUAGAUUCAUUAUUAAAAAAUUGAUUCAAUCAACAUUGAAUUAAAUAUAUUUGUUUUAUUAUUUAACUGAAUUUUAUUGUACUAUAAUUUUUUUUCAUUUUAGGCAUAUAAUCGAUAUGACUGUAGUUCUAACAAUGAAAUUCUUGAACCAUCUAAUGUCGCAGAAGCUGUUCUUUAUGCAGUCACCCAACCAUCAUUCUGUGCAGUUAAUGAGAUCCUAAUUGAGCCAAAAAUGCUUCCAAUUUAAUAUUUCACAGACCACAGAAGAACUUAACAAAUAACCCUAUUUAAUAAUAAUAUUAUUA